UCCACACUACACUUUGACACUUGCUCCGCGGCGCAUACACCGGCUCCUCGAUCGCCAUGGAGAUGGCGGCGAUGGGGAAGCAGGAGCGGGAGAAGGUGCUACUCUUCGCCGCCUCCGAAGGCAACCUCCGCCUCCUCAAGAAGAUGGCGCGGGGGCUCGACUCGGGGGGCCAGGACGAGGCCGCUGUACUUGCGGCGGUGACGGAUGGCGAAGGGAACCGCGCGCUGCACCUGGCGGCCGCGGCGGGGCGGGUGGAGGUCUGCAGGUACAUCGUCGAGGACCUCCGUCUUGAUGUCAAUCAACCCAACUUCAAAGGUGAGACACCACUGUUCUAUUCUGCCUUUUAUGGAGGAGCUGCUGCUGCCAGAUAUCUUAUUGAUCAUGGUGCUGAUCCAUUAGCUGGCAAAAUAUGGUCACCUCUCCAUGGCGCUGCAGCAAAAGGAAAUUUUGAAAUAGUAGAACUGCUGCUUUCAAGAGGAAUCAAUGUGGAUUUACAUUCUGUACAAGGGACACCGUUGCAUGCAGCUGCUCUUCAUAAGCAAGAUUGCAUGAUGAAAUUUUUGUUGGAGCACCAUGCCGAUCCUAAUAAGGUUUGCAGUCUUAAUUAUACCCCAUUGAGUUGGGCCAUGCGUACUAAGUCACUAGAAUGUGUGAAGCUACUCAUUCAGGCAGGUGCUGAUGUGAAUUUCGUUGACUUCAGUGGUAUUACUAACUUGAUUUUGGCCGUGCAAUAUGGCUUACCUGGUACCGUGCAAUGCUUACUAGAUGCUGGUGCUAACCCCAAUAUUCCAGAUGAAUUUGGUAGAACACCUAUUGAAUUUGCUGCUUCUGAAGGCAGAAGGGACAUGGUUGAAAUGUUAUUCCCUUUAACUUCUCCAAUUCCAACACUGCCCAAAUGGAGUAUCGAUGGAAUCAUUUCUCAUGUGGAGUCCUUUGGUUUGAAACCGAGGGCAUGUGUUUCCUUCUAUCCUCACUUGCAGUUACACAUAGAUAAACAGAAGUGUGAAAAGAGAAGAACUGGACUGAAACAGAAAGCUAAGGAGGCCUUUCAGAGAGAGCAAUAUUUUAUAGCGUCACAGUUCUAUAGUUGUGUAAUGGCAUUUGACCCUAGUCCAGAUGAUCGUGUAACCAUAUUGGCAAAUCUGAGUCUUUGCUCGUUGCGUGGCGGGAACGGAAGCGGUGCUCUCUCCUAUGCUACUAUGUGCAGAAUGGCACGACCUCAUUGGCCAAAAGCCUGUUAUCGACAAGGGGCAGCUUUUAUGUUACAGAAGGACUAUGAGAAAGCAUGUGAGGCUUUUGCAGAUGGCUUGAAGCUUGACCCUAAGAGUGCUGAAAUUGCAAAUGCUUUAAGGGAAGCCCGCGAGGCAGCGAAGAAUGCUUGUUGACCUCAAAAUUAACUUACCUGGAGAAAUUUUAGGCCUUGUUUUGUUGCUGGCACCAGGAUAAUUCCGCAGCUGCCCUUUUGCCUAGUCUUAAAACUCUCGGCAAGAAUAUAUAUGCAAACGUCUUGUGCAUCUCGAACAUUUCGUGGCACUCAUCAUGUGUAAAUAUGCAUGUGUGAACCCUCUUAACUGUUGUAUCUAGUUCCAGUUUACCCAUUUUAAAUUAAGUGUCAACAAACUUUACCGUCAACAAAACAUUAAGCUUGUGAAGCUAGUAUUGGUUUUCGCGGGUUUGACUGUAAA